AUUUUUCGUGUGACAUCAAAAUGGCUGCGCACUAGAGAGUGGUCAAAUUAUUUUAAUAAAAAAAACUAAGGGUCAUGGUAUCUCCGUUUGUACAGAAACAACUAUAAUUUGUCGCCAGAAUUGAAGGUAUUUUUUAUUUAUUGUUUGCAGUUGUCAAAUGGCUUUGUUCACUGAUGUCUGCCGUAGUGUUCGCACGCUAUUAGGUCAAAGUCAGAGAUCUGCGGCUGCAGCGGCGUGGAUUCAUUGUCAGUUGUCUCGGAAUUACAGUCAGGUGGCACCUGAUCCAGAACCAGUGGUUAGUGAUAAUGAAGCCAUCAAUAAAGCAUUUGUUAACCGAAACCCAAGAAACCUGGAACAGAUGGCCCUUGCCGUAAAGGAUCGAGGCUGGGGUACAGUGUGGCCCUCUAGACAGUAUUAUCACAGGUUGGUGUUCAGGCGCACGCAGCAUCACAUCACAGCCGAGGUGUUCUCAAGUGACUCAAUAGUUCCUGUGUUGUCUUGCUCCACAAAGGAGUGGGCAUUGAAGCGCGAGCUGGGCUCCACACGGUCUGUAGCGGCUUGCCGUGCCAUAGGUGAUGUGCUUGCUCAGCGGUGUCGUGAAGCAGGCAUCACACGUAUUGUUUAUCGAGAGAUACCGUGGAAGUUUCGCUCGGAGGCGAAUCAGACGUUCUGGACGGCCAUGAAAGAGGGUGGUGUCACGCUUGGUGAACCAAGGCGAAAAUUCAUUUUUUAAUUAUUAUUACUAUCCUGAAUAGUGGCUUCCUCUGUGAAUAUAAAUAUCCUCAACGUUCAAACUGUGUGUUCAUUGAGUCGAUUACAGUUUCAUGCAGCAAUUAGAA